AUGGAUGUACUCUUUUUGGUCGUCAGAAUUUGGACCAUUGAGGGGGUGGGCUCACCUCAUCCCGUCACGCCAGGUGGAAGAGCAGGGCUGUCACCCAGCACCUUCCCUGCCCGUAAAGUCUGUAGUCUCCUGGAGGUGGGCACGGCGGAGGGCAGCAGUGAGGAUGAGAGUGGAGGGGACUGGAUCCCAGCUGGAUCGUGGACUGUUGUGUGGUCCAGCCAGGGCGGAGGACAGCAGACCAUUAAACACCCCGCCCCCUGCAGCUGGGAGCAGGGCACAGUGCCCCGCGGGGGCCGUGGUGGCUGGGCUGCAGGGCAGAGGAGCAGCAGAGAGCCAGGGCGAGCUGGGGCUGCCCGGGAGGAGACAACUGGGCCGGCCGGGGGCUGGGUGCAUCGCCCGCUGCCUCUAGCCCCCUGCGGGGUCCGGCUCCGCUCCGGGCCAGCCGAGCUGCCUGCAGCGCUGAUUGGUCUCCGCCGUUACCCAGGCGAUGGGCAGGGAGGUACUGCAGGGACAGCUAAAGAUGUAACAGAAGAAUCGGUGUCAGAAGAUGACAAAAGGAGGAACUAUGGUGGUGUAUACGUUGGUCUGCCAUCAGAGGCUGCUACCAUGGCUCCCAGUCAGAAGAAGACUGAACCUAAAGAUUAGAGGAAAAUAAUACACCAAGAUUCAAUCAUCAGGAGUCCUUUGCAUAGAUCACUCAUCUAAACUUAAGGGACAGCUGUCUUUCUGCUGAAGAUUUUUAUAUGUCCAGCCAGCAAGAAAGUUCAAAGCAC